AUGCAAUGCAACAAAUUCUAUUUGUAUUUAUUCUCUGUAUUCAUUGUUUUCGGUUCAUCUUGGUUAAAUAUUAUCGAGAUUUUAGAUUCAUUGAAUACUAGCUUACUUCCGUAUUCGAACACAACGGAUGAAAGUAGCACAACAGAGAUUCGUGCACAAUUAAGUGAAUUUAUUCAAUGGUUUUCGCCUUUAUUGGUCACACUCUCACUCUCAACUGCACUUGUUUGUCCAUUCCUGUGUUGGAUUUUACAAGAACGCUGUUUGUCGAGUAAAAUGAAUGAUCGAUCAUCAACACUACUGACGAUGCCACAACUACUUGUUGUUGGUUCAGAAACACAAAAACAAGAAAUUAACAAAAUACCAACAGGACUUAGAACUAGUUGUGCACCCUCAGAACAGAAUCUAUGGUACAGUGCUACAGAGAUAGCAUCAUCGUUUGUUUGA